AUGGCAGCAGCACAGCAAGAAGUCAAACUCCGAAACUUUGACAGCAUCUUUUCCCUUGAGGGCAAGGUUGCAGUCGUCACCGGUGGCUCUCGAGGUUUGGGAUUACACUCUGCGAGCGGUCUCCUCCAAGCGGGCUGCUCCAAAGUCUACAUUACUUCACGCAAAGCGAAGGCAUGCGAAGAAGCUGUUGCCGCUUUGAAUGCCCUGCCAAACAAGCGUCCGGGUGCCCGGGCCAUCUCGAUCCCUGCAGACAGCUCCAAGUUAUCAGAGAUCGAGCGACUAGUUGCCGAAGUAAAGAAAACAACUGACCAUGUCGACAUCCUGUUUGCCAACGCCGGAGCCACUUGGGGAGAGAAGUUCGAGACACAUCCCGAGCCAGCGUUCCAGAAGGUCAUGGAUCUGAACGUCAAGAGCGUUUUCUACUGUGUGCAGAAAUUCGCUCCUCUCCUCGAGGCUCGUGCCACUAUUGAAGAUCCCUCCCGUGUCAUCAUUACAGCCUCCGUGGCCGGAAUAAUGGUCGGUAGCAUGGGGAAUAACGCCACCUUCAGUUACUCCGUUUCCAAGGCCGCCGCCAUCCAUCUCGCCAAGAACCUUGCUGUCGCCCUGGGACCGCGGCACAUCCUGUCAAAUGCAAUUGCACCGGGGUUUUAUCCGUCCAAAAUGGCCAACGAACUCAUGAAGAUCCAGGGGGGAAAGGAUAAAUUGGCAGAGCAUAGCCCUAAUAAGAAGUUGGGCGAGCCUGAGGAUAUUGCCGGCCUAGUGGUAUUCUUGUCGAGCAGAGCAGCCAGCCAUAUUAACGGAGCCUGUAUUACGACGGAUGGUGGCGCGCAUUUGAAGGGGCGGAUGUAA